GUGACUCCUCUAGCGCGCAGCUCGUAGCUGUAGGUGAUGGGAAGGUUCCCCUCACACUCCCUUUCUUAGCGACUCAGAACAAAGCUCUACAAACUUCAAUUGGCACAGGUGACAAGGAGACUGUUUCGCCAUGUCUGGAAAUUCCGUUUCAGAUCUAAAGAUUGUUCCUGCCACUGCCAGUGACUAUAAUGAGUUAAUGUCCAUCUCAAAAGGAAUAUACAAUGGGGCGGAUCCUCUGCCGUUCAGGUACCACGAGUGGUUGGCUGAUCCUCAGCGGAAGAUGUUCGUGGCCAAGUCUGAGGGAAAAGUGGUGGGCUUUCUGUUGUUUGUGCUGGUAGAUGGAGGUAGAACAGCGGUGCUAGAUAGUCUUCGUGUUGCCCCCUGGAUGAGAAGUCAUGGGUUAGUCGGGGUAAUUCGGGAGUUUCUUCUUGACACCCUCCGCACUAACCACCCAGAGGUCACCAGAACUCUCUUUCUAGGAACGGAUGAAACCCCACAGGGAGCACUGAGAAAAUACCAACAUGUCCAUUCUAAGGCAGUGAUCUCAGUGGUAAUUCCCUAUGAGCAGAUGGAGGAAAAGAUCAAGUUGCUGGAGGGCCGGCUGGAGGGUGUAGGUGGGAGAAGACCUCUUGUGGCCCUGAGUCCUUCUGAGGUUCUACAUCUGUUUGAGGAUCCCUGCACUAUGGAGGGGCUGCUUCCCAAGGGGCUUCUCAUCCACAGUUGGAUUCCUUACUCCACCCACAGGUCCAACCUAGAGUUAUUACUCCAACGGGGAGUUGUCUGGCUCUAUUCCCAACCCUCUGCUUUAUUGAGAUCCCCCAGAGCUAGUGAUGCCAAUGAGAUCUGUUUUGGCUCCCAUGUAACUAAAUCCAACACCCCUGAGUCACACCAGGACCCAUCUGCAUCCAAUCAACUUCAUCUUCUUCACUCAUCUAACUGCCCAAGCCCAUCUGCUCUCUCCUGCACCUCCUGUGGGUUCCUCAGCUUGGGCUGCUCUCCAUUCCCGGUGCCCCUAGGGCAAGGCAUGUACUGUUUUGACCUUGACCUGUUUGGAACUGAUCCUGUAUCUGCACAAACCCAUGUCCUACACCAGCUGAUUGAGAUGCAACGAGUGCUGCCAGCAAGGGGCGGUGUUGUUUGCUACUUAUUUGCUGAAACGAGCCUGAGGGCUGAACUAACUCAGUUCUGCCAGGGGUUAGAGCCUUUCUAUGAAGUAACAGAACAACAUGUGUUAGAGAUUGAGAGAAAUACAACAAUUCCUAGAAGCCUAUUGUAAGUGCUACAAUUCCCUGCACUAAUCCAAUAAAAAUCUCCAAAUUA